AAAUAAUCAUGAUAAAAGGCGAUUAGAUCGUCCCUUAUUCAGCCUUAUAUAUUGAUAUGCAAUAUAGACAUUUAUUUAAUACUUUAUGGGCAUACUUAAAGCCUGUGGAUUAAAAUAAAUAUAUAUAGGAAGUAAUUGUUAUUCUAAAAGCUCUUUUUUUUGCAGAUUGAAGAAAUUUGGUUGGGAGGAUUGAAAAAUUAAAAAAUUUUGAUCACUCUAUGUGUUCGAGCAUCUACAGAUUUAGUUUUGCAAGUAAUUUCGAUUGAGUAUCAAGGCGUUAAAUUGGCCACCAGGAUCAGAGGUUAUCAUUACUGGAAUUAAUAUUCCUGACAUGAUUUAAGUACUUCGUCUUAAUGGCAUAAUACCAGUACCUGUGGAAGUGAAUGCGGACACUUUGGGAUGCACAUUGGAUUAAUUUAAAAAAUUUUACACGGAUAAGGUACGAAUUGUUAUAGAAUCAAAGACCAAAGGAAUAAUGAUUUCGUAUGUUUUUGGAGCCAAAUUUGAUGCUACGGAAAUCAUUGAUUGGGCUAAGUCGAAAGGACUAUUUAUUAUGGAGGAUGAGGCUGAGAGUUUCGUAGCUCCCAAUGCAAAAUGUAUUAAAUUGUAUAGAUGUAUAGUAAAUCCUAACGUUGACUUCUCUACUUUUAGUUUUGGUUCAAUCAAGACAUGCUCAGCCUUUGGAGGGUCCAUAAGUGUGAUAAGAAAUAAUGAAGCUCUGUAUAGGAAAAUGAAGGCAUUGCAAGAAUCAUAUCCAAAAUGGUCUUAAAAAAAGUAAAUAUCGAUUAACCUUUUAGUUAUUUCAAAAGGACUUUAAAAAAUUUAAUUCCUAUGAUAUUGUUGAAUAGCCAAAAAAUUAAUAGAAGCUCAAGGUGGGUGUUCAUCAAUUUUUUCCCAAACUGGGAUUAUAAAGAAUUUGUUGUCAACAGCAUAAGGGGCUUUCAAAAGAAUUCAUCUGAUAUUCUUCAAACGUAUAGAUUUAGAGUUCCUGAUCCCAUGUUAGUGAUGUUAGCGUUAAGAAUGAAAACAUUUGAUGUUGAUUAAUUCAAUAUAGCAACUUAAAGACAAAUCGUGGGUUAAAACAUCCUUAAGUAAGGAGGCUUGCUUGUACCAGGCCAUGCAGUUGAAGAUAGAAAGUUUUGGUACUCGUUUUGAAAUAAUCAAUAAAUUUAGGCUAUAUCCAGUUGUUGUACCAAAUCCUGAGACUACAUACAAAAUAUUAAAUGCGAGAGGGAUUGAUGCUUAUAUGGGAGUAACACAGCUUGAUAUCGUGGAAAGUCCUAUAGGAAGUUCAUAUGAAUAUCCAAAUAAAACUUUAUCUUAUUUCAAAAAUGUAGAUAAAUGCAAUAUUUUUAGAUAUUAUAUUUGCCUAUCCAUCAAAAUGCAGAUUUGAAGUCAAUUUAGACAAUUUGCAAGGGAGUUGUAGAGGUAGUCGACAUGUUAAAAAAUAGAAACCCAAAAUUGUGA